AUGUCAACAACGUCAUCAUCAACUAAUAAUGGUUCAUCAGCAGCAUUUUCAUUAUCAUCUUUAUCACGUGACUAUGGCAUACCACCGCCGCCACCAUCAUCAUCAUCAUCAUCGUCUUUUUUGUUUCUUCCUUCAUCUGAUUACAUUGAUGAACAAUCUACAAGAGAACGAGAAGAAAACAACUCAUUGCCACCACCACCACUUUACAACUAUCAUCAUUCUUACCCUCAUCUUUAUUCUCCUAUAUUUUCUUCGCGUAUCAAUGUAUCAGACACAUGUUCAUGUAUUACUAACAAUAAUUAUUCAUCUCAAAUACCAUCAUAUGAUAUAUCUUCAUCAUUUCAAAAUCCAUUUUUAUAUGAACAAUAUUUAACAUCAUUAAAAAAUGAACAAUCUGAACAUUUACCAUAUUUAUUUGAUAAUAUUAUUUAUCCACAACCAUGUUCACCACCAUCACCAAUAAAUGAUUCUAUAACAUAUUAUCAACUUGAUCAUGCUAAUACAACAACAACAACAACAACAGUAAUAAAUAAAUUUCCACAACAUUCACAUAUACAAAUAAUUCAACCAAUUACUUAUCAACAAUUAUCACUUGUUGAACCACCAUCAUCAAAUAUUCAACAAAAAUUACCUAUUGUUAAACGUGUUUAUUAUGAUUCAAAUAUAUCAAAUACAACAACAACAACUCUUAUGACAACAACACCUAUAAUAACAAAUAUUAAUGAAAAUAAUCAUUUAAAUAUACCUUAUGCUCGUCUUGAUUCAAUUUAUUUUGGUACAUAUGAUAUUUGGCAAGAACGAACAAUUAUUGGAAGAAAAAGUAAUCGACAUGAAGUCGAUAUUAAUAUGGGUUCAACUGCAGUUAUUUCUCGUAUUCAUUUUGAAUUAUUACUUAUUAAUAGUAUUGAAUUUCAUUUAAAAUGUCUUAGUAAAAAUGGAAUCUUUAUUAAUAAUAACUAUGCAAAAAUGUUUUCAACAACUGUUUUACCUAAACAAUGUGUCUUUCGUUUUCCAAGUACAGAUUUAUGUAUUUCAUUUUCAUCAUUACUUAAUAAUAAUAAUUCAAUAAGUCGAACAUCAGUUGAAAAUAUUUCACGUCAUAUAUUAAAUAAUACAUCACAACAUCAACGACAUUUAUCAUCAUCAAUGCCAAUUGAUAUAACAUCUUCAGUAUCUCUUCAAUCAGUGCCAAAUAUUACAUCACAACAACAACAACAACAAGUUAUUUUUGUUGAUGUUAAUCAACAAACAUUUAAUCAUGAAUCAAAUAAUAAUCUUCCACCAUUGACUAUUAAUAUACCAAAUUCAUUAUCAUCAACUGAUUCAUCACUUUCAGCUGGUAGUAAUAGUACUACUGGACAAAUAAAAUUUCAAUAUGAAAGUCCAAUAGCAAAUAAUAAUUCUUUUCUAGGUUCAUCCAUUUCAUCUUGUUCGACAAGUCCAAAAAAUGAACCACAUGAAAAUCAACUAAUAAUUAAUUCUCCAAUAAUUCAACGAAAUUCAUCAACUACUAUUGAUAAUAUUCAACAAGAACAUGAUAAUAAUAAUAAUAAUUCAAAACCGAUUACUAAACCACCAUUUUCAUAUGCUCAAUUAAUAGUUCAAGCUAUUUUAUCAGCACCUGAUAAACAAAUGACAUUAAGUCAAAUAUAUAAUUUUAUAUCAGCUCAAUAUCCAUAUUAUGCAGCAAAUACUCGCGGUUGGCAAAAUUCAAUACGACAUAAUCUUAGUUUAAAUCGUUAUUUUAUUCGUCUUUCACGUAAAGAAAAUGAAUCUGGUAAAGGAAGUUUUUGGUGUUUAGAUCAAACAUGUGAAGAAAAAUUAAUUGAUCAUGCAUUUCGACAUCGAAAACAACGUGGAAAUUCAAUAAAUAUUUCAAUAAAUUCAAAUAUUAAAAAUGAAUCUGAAGAAAUUCAUUCUCCAAAUACACAAUAUUAUAAUGAUCAAACAGAAUUUUUAUUAGCUGAUAUUCAUACAAGUAAUUCAUCAACAUCAUUAUCAUCAAUAAUAAGUCCAUUAACAAUGGUUAUGUCACCUAUUCGACAAGAUGAAGAUUAUAAACGAAAACGAAAUGAUGAGAAUGAUGAUUUAAUUAAUCAUGAAAUAGAAGAAUUAUUAAAAUUUCUUAUGAAUUCUAUUGAUAGUAAUAUAACAUUAUUAUCAUCUGAUAAAACAAUUAAACGUCAGAAAACAUAA